UUUCCUUUCUCGUUGAGUGAGGCUCGGGCGGAAGCAACACUAGGUUGUUUGCCGUAGUCAUCGUUGACUAGCACAUAUCCGCCAAAUUUUGUUACCCGUCCAUUAUUUAUCUUGCACGCGGAUACACUUGUUACAAAACAAAACAUGCCGCUCGAAAAUCUCGAGGAAGAGGGUCUGCCCAAGAACCCUGAUCUGAGGAUAGCACAACUCAAGUUUUUGCUCACAAUGGACGGUCACCGACAAGAUGCUAAAGUGAAGACGGAGCUCAUGGACGCUAUCAAAGCUAACAACAUGGCUCCCUACUAUGAAACCUUGUGCAAGGAGCUCAAGUGGCAACUUGAUAGUGACCUGGUUAGCAAGAUGAAGAAGGCAAAUGAAGAGGAGCUGAAGCGACUUGACGACGUGCUGGAAGACGCAGAGAAGAACCUCGGGGAGAGUGAGAUCAGAGAUGCGAUGAUGGCAAAAGCGGAAUACCUGAUCAGGAUCGGAGAUAAGGAGGGGGCCCUAACAGCGUUUAGGAAGACCUAUGACAAGACUGUAGCGCUAGGUCACAGACUAGAUAUCGUCUUCUACCUGCUGAGGAUCGGCCUAUUCUACAUGGACAGUGACCUCAUCACACGGAACUCUGAGAAAGCCAAAAGCCUAAUUGAAGAGGGGGGUGACUGGGACAGGAGGAAUCGACUGAAGGUCUACCAGGGUUUGUACUGCGUAGCCAUCAGGGAUUUCAAACAAGCCGCCGAGCUCUUUCUCGACACGGUGUCCACCUUCACUUCAUACGAGCUCAUGGACUACAAAACCUUUGUCACCUACACGGUCUACGUGUGCAUGAUCGCGCUCAAGCGCCCUGACCUUCGGGAAAAGGUAAUAAAAGGAGCUGAGAUCCUGGAAGUGCUGCAUAGUCUGCCAGCUGUUCGGCAGUAUCUGUUCUCCCUCUAUGAGUGCCGCUACGCAGUUUUCUUUCAGUCUCUUGCAACAGUGGAGCAGGAGAUGAAGAAGGACUGGCUUUUUGCUCCACACUACCGCUACUACGUGAGGGAGAUGAGAAUCCAGGCUUACAGCCAGCUCCUGGAGUCCUACCGCUCGCUCACCCUGGGCUACAUGGCAGAGGCCUUCGGCGUCAGCACAGAGUUCAUUGACCAGGAGCUGUCUCGAUUCAUUGCCGCUGGACGUCUCCACUGCAAGAUUGAUAAAGUAAACGAGAUUGUAGAAACCAACAGACCUGAUAGUAAAAACUGGCAGUACCAGGAGACCAUCAAGAAGGGUGAUCUGCUACUCAACAGAGUCCAGAAAUUGUCAAGAGUUAUCAACAUGUAAACCUGGUGGCCACAUUUUGUCAGGUCAGCAAGGUGGAUCUUCACUUUUCUUACACCUUGUGUUUGACAAACUAAUUUGUGUACAUAAUAAAAUGUUUGACUGUUGACGCUGUUGUUUUUGUAUUAUUAGAAAAGAGGCAGAGACAUUCAUUUGUAUAAAUAGUAUAAAUUAUUUUAUUUACAGACCUUGUUACAAAACAAAUAUACUAUACAAUCUUUUCUUCUUUAAAUAUUACUUCUAACCUAUGUUUUGUUCAUGAAUUACAUAGCAGCCAAUACAUAAAGUCUAGCUGAAAAUGAUUUGCUCAUAAAAAAAAUCUACAGGCUUCUUGCCGUGUGAAGGGUGGUUUUACCCCCCAGACAUUAGCUGUACUCUUGCGUUCACAUUCCAAGUCUAUGGUUCUAUUUAAAAAAUAAUAAAUUCCUCAUAUUUCCACCUGAUGGAAACUUCAGUUGAGAUGUCAGUGGAGUUUAAAGGUAAACAAAGAACCAGAUUGAAUGUUGUAAUGUACAACGGCCAGUAAACCAGAGGCUUGAGCCACACACACACAGAUGACAGGAAAUGUUAGCGUAUUGUCAGUCUCACUGAAUACAAACACUACUACUGUUUGAUACUGGGCAGCUGGCAAGCUCAGGUUUUGUACCACAUUUAGGGUCCAUAGGCAGAUUAACACUUUAGAACAUUCAAGUAAGGUAGAAAAUAAAAACCUGACAACACUGUCCUAAAACAGUCAGGGUGAAACAAAUUCAGGCACUUUCUUAAUUUGAUAUUUCUUUGAAAAGCUGUGAUUCAAAUUACUUGUUUGGCAAUGACAAUGCAAGCUAUGACUGUUAGUCCGCUUCAGCCUUCUAUAACAACAACCAAGGAAGGAACGUGUUUUAAGGUAAAGUGUAUGACUGGCGGGUCCAUCGCGACAAAGCCUGCGGAACGCUAGCCUGUCCGUCACAGGCUGAUUGGGUCGCACAGGUACAUUAGUUGUGUUGAUUCAUAGGCAACAAAAUAUGUGUUGUAAAAGCACAUGUGAUUUGAGACCUUGAAAAGUGAAUAAAGGUAUUCGCUGACAGACACAUGCUACAGUGGAAAAACACUUCACCUUUGUCCCUUAAGAGACUUUCAGUACAUGAUUCAUGAGAGGCUUCUACACAUAACUGUAUCCAUGUAUUGCAUUAUAUAGACUUGGCAGUGAAACACUUGAAAUAAUCAAAUUCUGGCUUCCUAAAUAAAUAACGACUCUUCGAAACGGUACCCAAAAAUUCCUGCGUGUACAAAAAAUGCUUGUGCAAAAAUACACGUUUCAUUUAUGUACAAUUUCAUAACAAAAUAUUUUUUUGUUAACUACAUAAGCUAUGAGGGGGCACGGGAGGCUAGAGUUGUUUGAAAAUCUACU